AUGGCUUCAUGUUAUAUAAUCCUGGAUAAUGCUUCUGUGGCUGUUGCUCUUCUUUUUGCAACUGCAGAUGAGUUUCCAUAUCGUGAUCCACUUACAGUAACUCUCGAAGGAACAAAUGCAACAGAUGUCGAAGCACUUCAUCUCGGCUCAAGUUGGACAUUGAUAUACAGUGGUCCAACAGGUAUUGAUCCUGCUCGCAAUACAUAUAUGCAACAACAAGAUUUCUCGAAUACGAUUGCUUUUAGAAGUUAUCGACUACUUGUUACUUCGCAAGAAGGUCUUAGCAAUUCUGUUCAAUACGCCGAAGCUCAAAUCUUAGGUCAUGUUUGA